AUGGCUGCUCGUGCACAUGAUGCAGCUGCAUUUACCUUAAGAGGCGAAUCAGCUAAUUUCAAUUUCCCUGAAUCGAUUAAAUCCCUUCCUCGGCCUGCAACUUCUUCCACAACAGAUAUUCAGGCUGCUGCUGUGGAAGCUGCAAACUCUUUCCAACACGAAGAGAAGCAAGAAGUACCACAACUGUGCUCCAGCACCAACAGUGAUGAUAUUGACAAUGGUUUUCUUGAGUCGGAGCCUAUUAUACACAAUCAAUCAUUGUCCAAUGAUGUUUCAGGAACUGGAAACGAAAUCAAUGAGAUGGUGGAUUCCUAG